AUGUCCCCACUGGUCAAUCAGACGGAAGGGUCCUGUCGGGCUGUCCGGUCCUGUGGGGUGACGAAACGCAGCCAAGGGUCCAAGAGCUUCUACGGCAACGGGAGACGGGAGAAGGCGCAGCCAGCACCUACAUAGCAAGUUGAUGGAUCGUGAUGAACCAGAGCCCGAAGAGCAAGCUGUUGAGCGUCAUUCAUACCCAACCACCACCUAAUCCUCUUUCUCAUCCCUGUGUUCUCAAUCCCAAAGAGAACUUAAUACCCACCUCCAGUCCCGGACUUCGGAUAUUGAAGCGGUCAGACACCAUCCAACGCCAAAUAUCAACUUUACCAGCCAUCAACAGCUUCAAGUGGGGUCGCCGAGCCCCCUGAAUUGUGAGCUAUGUCUGGCCUGUUUGUUGGCUCUUUGGCUGCCUCUUGUAUCACCUCUUCUUGCUUUGUAUCAUCGUACAGACACAGCCUUUACACCCCUUCCUCUCGCUCGUUGUCCCGGGCUCACAUUUUGCGCAUCGUCUUGUAUUCAACAUGCCAGCAGCUGUCCAUGGCACGCCAUAUCUCCCCGAUGGAGCUCAUCAAGGAGGCGGUGGCUUAUCUGGCGCCGACCAGAAGAUAAAGACACUGAGCCCCGCCGUUGCGGCUCAUUUACAACGCAUCUACAGCGCACACGCCGACACCGUGACUAAGGCCUGGCGCCAGGAGGACGUUUCCGUCUGGCUCAGGUGCUGUCAAGGUGACGACGAGGCCGAGCUUGCUCGAGACUUCCCGCUUCAUCAGGACUGGGAUUACGAGAGCUUUUUUCAGUAUAUCACUUCUUCAGCCGCCAACUCGAUUGCGCCUCCGCGUUCCCAGGACCUCAGUUACCCGCUCUCAAGCUACUUCAUCAGUUCCAGCCACAACACUUAUCUGACAGGUAAUCAGCUCUCCAGCGACUCGAGCGUCGAUGCCUAUAGGAACGUUUUGUUGCGCGGGUGCCGCUGCAUCGAGGUGGACGUCUGGGAUGGCUCGGACUCCGAGUCGGAGGAUGACGAUGGUGACGCCGAGUCUGUGACUUCGAGCAGUUCCAGCUCCAGCGAUGAUGCCUAUGGCAGUGGUGAGGAGGGAAUAGCGAGCAAGUUGAAGAGGAAAGCGAAGAGAAAGCUGCCUAGCUUUCUUGGUGGAAGGAAGAAGUCCAAGGACAAGAAAGUUCCGGAGCCCACCACAACAACGCCGCCGCCGCCGCCGCCUGCAGCAGCAACAACCACUGAGGCCGCCCCAGUAGGACUAUCAGCCGAAACGAACCCCUUGGAGAGGUGCAAGAGCGGCGGCUCUGCCUCUUUAUUCCAAACUCUCAGUAGGAAGAGCACCAAAGAGCCGCGAGUCCUGCACGGGUACACGCUAACUAAAGACAUCACCUUCCGAGACGUGUGCGAGGCUAUCAAGGACUACGGUUUUGCCACAACCGACUUGCCUCUGAUCGUCAGUCUCGAGGUGCACUGCAGCGCUGAGCAGCAGGAAAUGAUGGUUGACAUUAUGAGGCAGAUCUGGGGAGACUUGCUUCUUCCUGAGCCGGAGGAGGAUGCCAAAUAUCUUCCCACUCCUGAAGAGCUGCGCGGCAAAAUUCUCGUGAAGGUCAAGUACGCUCCACCCAACAAUGAAGGGGGCUCGACGGGCUCGACGACCCCCGAGGAGCUGGACAACACCGCCGCCGCGGCUUCUGGAAGACUAUCAGAAGAAGCGGGCCAACCGAAGCAGCGGGCGAAGAAACCGUCGAAGGUUAUCUGGAGUUUGAGCAAGAUGGGCAUCUACACGCGCGGUGUGUCGUUCAAAAGUCUGAUGCAGCCCGAGGCCAACAUGCCGACGCACAUCUUUUCGCUGUCGGAGAGUGGCGUGAUGGAUGUUCACAAGGAGAGUCGUAGCGCGCUCUUCGAGCAUAACAAGCACUAUCUGAUGCGGGCGUACCCGUCUGGUAUGCGUAUCUUGUCAUCAAACCUGGAUCCGGCUGUGUUUUGGAGAAAGGGGAUCCAGAUUGUGGCGCUGAAUUGGCAGAAUUGGGAUGAGGGCAUGAUGCUGAAUGAGGGCAUGUUUGCUGGGACGGGCGGUUAUGUGCUCAAACCUGCUGGCUACCGCUGCGCCAAACUCACCGACUCUAAUCCGUCCCCCUCCCCCUCACCCUUGGCCUCCGACACCCAAGCCGACGCCGUCCAGCACUACACCAUGGAUCUUACCAUCAAUGUUCUCGCUGCUCAAUCGCUCCCCCUUCCCCCCGGAGACGACAACAUCGACUCUUUCCGCCCUUACCUGAAAGUCGAACUACACGUGGAAGAGCCUGGAGAGCGGCACGGUACCGACGAGCUGCCGCAGGACGGCAAAGAAAAAGGGGGCGAGUACAAGGCCAAGACCAAAUCUAUAAAGGGAGGAUGCGAUCCGGAUUGGGAGGGGAAGUUCGGUGCCCAGACAGAACUGAAAUUUGAGAAUAUCCCUGGUGUAGUCCCGGAGCUCUCGUUUGUGAGGUUCUUGGUGCUGGAUGAUGAGAUUGGAAGGGAUUCGUUGGCGGCGUGGGCGUGCGUGAGGCUGGAUCGGUUGAGGGAAGGGUAUCGGUUUGUGCAUCUUUUGGAUGCGAAGGGGAUGGAGAGUGAUGGGGCUGUUUUGGUGAAGAUAAGCAAGAAGUUGAGGUUGUAACUUUACUUGCUGUGCGGUACAGUGCGGUUUGUUUCGGUGUGGUUUGUGGGAGUGAAGGAAGUGAGGGAGUUAAAAGCAUAUGAAGCAUAUAUAGCAUGGAGCGUUAAGCGUGAUCUUAGCCUUGUCAUUCAUAUUUCUUGUGACAGUUGUGUUUAAACUGUCGAAGGUGGUAUAAACUACUUUGCAUAACACCAUCGACACCAACAAACCACUGUUGUUAUUGUUGUGUCCCAAAAGGGGCCCCCUUAUUCCUGCCAUUUCAGGACUUUGCCUGCCGGGAAAAGACCGACUUGCACCAGCCUCACCUUAUCACUGCUCGGCAAUCACUACUUACUAAAGCCACACCUCCAUAAUAAACAUUUCGAACUGACUGGGAUCCUGGCUUGCUGCGGCAUUCGUCCGGAGCUUCGUUCGCAGUCAAGUUACCUAUCAUUCCCACUUUAUCGAAGCCGUCACCAAGAUCUUAGCUCCGGCAACUUCGCGACUGAUUUAAUAACCAACCACCACCACCACCACCACACCCAAAUCCAAACUUCAAACUCC